AUGAGGAAGCAAUACAUAUGUGAUGUGCAAAUAUUUAUUUGUACUUUACCUGUCGUAUAUGUAUCAAAGUUUAGAUAUAAAAAUAUAGAUGAUAUAAAAAUAUAUCAUAUAUUAAACACACAUUAUAUUUGUCAAUAUUUGCUGCUGCAGCUUUCAGCAAGUGACGCGGAUCAAGGGCUGAACAGCAGAAUCUUAUAUCAUAUUGUGGACGGUAAUCCAGAUAAUGCUUUCACCAUAAGUCCGCCGUACAGCGGAGUCGUGCGGACCAACAUAGUCCUAGAUCGCGAGAUCCGUGAGAAGUACAGAUUGACUAUCAUCGCGACUGACCAGGGAAACCCGCAAUUAACUGGCACAGCUGCAUUGAGCGUACGGGUAAUCGAUGUCAAUGACAAUCAGCCCACCUUUCCGGAGCACAGUAUUAUUUCAGUCUCCGAAGGUAAGUCACAAGAACCGCUACUACCUUGAAAGGAUUUAUCAGGCUUUGCG